AUGAUGGAAGAAAAAAGCUCGUUGGGAGAAGAAGGCGCUGAUGAUAUUUCUUACGCAUCUGGAGAAAGUGCUUCGGAAACGGAAGAUGCUGAAAUUGCAACAUCGAAAGAUGAAGACGAAAUCGAUUUAGAAGAUAUUGCCUCAAACGACGAUUAUACUCAAGAAAAUCCAUUGAGUUCCAUAUCUGAAAUGAUCUGGUCAUCAGCUCCAUCACAUACAAGUAAAUUACGAUUUCUUCGUAAUGUAACUGUGGAUUCUGGACCAACAGUAUUUAUCAAACAUGUAUCUUCUGUUGAAGACGCCUUUCUCUCUUUCAUGUCGAAAGAAAUAAUGAACAAUAUACUAUUUUAUUCGAAUAUGGAAGGAAAUCGUAACAAUGUUUCUGAUGACAAAUGGGAAAACAUUACAAUAAUUGAACUCAAGCAAUUCAUCGGACUUUGA